AUUGCGUCAAGAGUAACGGUGGUGAAUCGUUCAAGCGCGCGUGUAAUUAUUGCAGAUGCAGUUAUCUCGGCUACGUUGGUUGCACUAAGAUGUUGUGUCCUGAUCCAGCUAUCAAUAGCGCAACACCGCCCCGGCCAACCGGUGCAGACCUCAGCCAGUACACCAGCUACGACCAAUGUGUGUCAAUCAACGGCAGUUCGUCCUUCAAGCGUGAGUGUAACUCGUGCACUUGUGCAAGUGGUGGCGCUAUAGUAUGCACUAAAAUGACAUGCGUAAAGCCAAAUUUGAACAGCCCCAUUACUGUUGAGCUGACUAGUGCUAGCAUAGAUAAGGAUGAAGGUUACGAGAAAUGUAUUCGGGAUAAUGGCGGUGCGUUUUUCAAGCAAGAUUGCAACCGUUGUUUCUGUGGAAAGGGCGGAGUUAUUGGGUGUACACUAAUGGCAUGUCCUUCUCUGCCAGCUUAAUGAUUAGCAUUUUACUUAUAUAUGUUUAAACUAAACAAUUGAAAGCACAUUAUGCACAUAUUCAUUAUGCCUGCCAAAACUUUGUAUGAUGAAUUGCAG